CAGCAGUUAGAACCGCAUAUCACCUCUCACCUGAUGAGAGAGGCUUUCCAAGCUGCGCCUGCCUCACCCCUUUGUCCAUUGUCUGGCCUGCGGAGGGUGGCCAAUUCCUCCCAUGUAAGUGUGUAUAUGUGAAUGAGGGGGAAUAAGAGUCAAUUGAAGGGUGGAUAAUGUUAGAGAGGCAUAUUUAGUCGUAUCAGGCAGGGAUGACAUAAAAAAAGGAGGAAAUAGCAGGAAGACAAAUCUUGAAAAUUGGCAAGAUUCAGUGUUUUGUGUGAAGUGGGUGACUGUUUUGGGAGGGAAAUAGUGAGACCAAAGGAGGAGGAGGAGGUGGGGGGGUUGUCUGAGGUCCGCGGGGACAAAGAGAGGCUGGCCAGGUGAAUUGAGUCUCAGUCAGCGCUGGUCAUAACCACAGCUCCAUGCCGAUAGCUACGAGAAGGGAGCAGACCGAGUGAGGAGCCGUCAAGGGACACAGGAUGGUGAGGUGUUGGAAACAUUCAGAAAACUGUUUGGAGGAAGCACAGUGCACGGAUGGGUGCCCUGCAGCCUCCCCCCAGUCCCGCUUCCCACACAAGGCCUUCUGGGUCAGCCUCACAGCCUCUCUGCUCCUGGUCGUCAUUGCCCUCGGCUUGACGGGGCACCUCGGGCUGUCGCAACCCCACUCUCAGUCUUUACAGAUUGUGAGAAUCACAGCUCCAGAUCAGACUGGAGUUCUGAUCAAUCAGUCGGCCGUUGUGGACCAGCAGAAUGACCUGGUGACCCUUUCUGUGACCUCACUGGGAAAUCAGACCUCCACUGUGCUGUUUGAUAUCAAACAUCGUUUGAUAUGUUACAAACCAGUCAACCAGGACGGCUGCUUCCUGCAAAAGAUGGAGCAGUCUGACUAUGACAAUGUGCACCCCCUCCUUCAUGAGUCAACACACAAGCAGGGUCAGUUCCAGUUGUCUUGGAAUGAGACCCAGAGGCAGACAGAGUUCCUGGGGGUGCUGGCAGCCAGUCAGGUGGACGUGUCCAUGCUUGAGGAGCCUCUGCAGGCUUUGUGUCAGGACAGGUCCGUCCACUGGACAAGGAGGGUCAAGGGCCCAGGCAAACAGAGGCUGGUCUACUUCUGCAUCGACAUUUGCUUUCCGAGCAACAUCUGCGUGUCUGUCUGUUUCUACUACCUGCCAGAGUGACUGUGUAUAUUCAAUUCUUCUCCUCCCAGCAAAAGAUACAA